AAUUUUGUAAUACCUGUGACGUUGAGUCACCUUGUCCUAUCAGGAAACAGAAGAGCUAUAAAUCACCCUCCAGGGAAGAAGUCUGGUCACUGCCACAACUACCUGAAGAAAGAUAGAAGAAAUUUCUGAUCUUCUUGGAAACAAAAGAGAUGAUUCUGCCAGUGGUGUUCCUGUGUCUCACGGCUGUACUGCCUCCAUCCACUGCACAGGAGGCUGAAGGUGUCGAUGCUCUGUCAACCAGCAGAGCAGAUCAGCAAAAGCUGAUUGUUGACAGACAUAAUGCCCUCAGGAGAGGAGUAAAACCAACUGCCAGCAACAUGAUGAAGAUGGAAUGGUGUCCUCGGGCUGCAGAGAAUGCCCAAAAAUGGGCCAAUCAAUGUACUUUAAGUCACAGUCCUCCUAAUCUGAGGAGAACAGAUGUACUAUGUGGUGAAAAUAUCUUCAUGUCCACCGCCCCAUUCUCAUGGUCAGAUGUUCUUCAGACUUGGUACGAUGAGGAGAAAAAUUUCAAAUAUGGAACUGGAGCAAAAACUAAAGGUGCUAUGAUUGGCCAUUACACUCAGAUGGUUUGGCACAAUUCCUAUAAAGUUGCAUGUGGUCUCGCUUCCUGUAGCAACAGCAGAUUCAAAUACUUUUAUGUCUGCCAGUACUGCCCCAUGGGGAAUCUACUAAGUUCCAUGAAGACACCCUACAAGGAAGGAAAGCCCUGUGGGGAUUGCCCUAAUGCUUGUGAGGAUGGAUUGUGCACCAAGUCUUGAAAGUUUGAAGAUAUUUUUUUCCAACUCCCUUGACAAAGUCUCCUGGAAUUACCCAGAGCUUCGUCAAGUUCAUCGCCCUGGUUCCUGCCAAUGCAAAACUGAAAUAAAGUAACAGGUUCAGCUUU